CCCAUGGGGGUCGACCGGAAAAGGCGGGACUUCGCCACUCUGUUGCCCUUAAGCGCCUCAAACCAGGAAAUUACGUCAUGUUCGCGCGUAAAACCAACUCGGGCGGGCGGUGUACGAAUGCGGCAUACAAGCAAAGAUGGCUGCGCCCAUAUUGGACGGCAAGUUAUGAUUCUUCCUCAACCAGAGCAUGGUGGCGUUCCUUGACAAGGACAGAACCGUGCCUUACCAGCCCACAGACGGCUGCAUUGGGGAUGAGGGCACCGGGAUGGCUACCAACCUACACCCUGCAGAUUGCUCUUGCACGGAUACCUGCAAUAUCAAGCCAACUGCACCACUGCCGGUGAAUGAGGGUUUUACCAAAGCUCAAACACACUUCCUCAUCCACCUGAUGAAGGUCCACCUUGAGGUAGAGGGCGGGAUACCUGUAAAGUCCCUCGAUGACCUCAACCGGCGGCUGAGGCUGGGCAAGAAGCCAAAGAAGCUGCUGUGGGAGGAGAUGACUGGGAAGCUUGCCGGACAGUUCAAGGAGGACUUCCAGACCGACAAGGUGGCGCGCAAGUGGUUGACGCUGGUGGAGAGAUAUGAGAAAGUCAAGCAGAAGAACGUGUUGAAAGAAAAGAGGCCUUUCCGCUUCCAAUUCUACAGGGAGAUGGACGAGCUGCUUGGGGGAGACAAUGACGUGGAGCCACCUGGUGUGAAGAGCGAUUGUGCUGGGGUGGUGACAGGCAUACUCGGUGCACUGAGGCAGUCCAACGGUGCUCCCUCACCAGCGUUAUCAGACGGGGCUCCCUCAGCUGGGCCUUCCAGCACCACAGUGUUGCCACCUCCGGGUCGAGCCCCCACCGGACCCUCUGACACCCUGAGGUUGCGGAACCGGAAGAGGAUGAAUGACCUGAGGGACAUGACAGAGGAUGACCUCUUGGCCUAUCUUGAGAGGUCAGAUGCUGCUGCCACGGCUGCUUCCCAGAGGCGGCACGAAGACACCCUGAGCGAGAUGAGGGCGCUGAGGGAGGAUCAGAGGGAGCUCCUCCAGUUGUUCAGCAGGAUGGUGGACAAGAUGUGAGACGGGACGACAACGGUCACAAACCUUCAAAGGAGACUUGUCUCCUUUUCUAUUUUUUUAAGUCUUUUAUUUGCACUCUCAAAUCUUAUAUAAAAUUUUACUAUUUUUACCGUG